ACAUGAUAUGGCAACACUGUAAGCAAACAGCUGUUCUCCCACCGCGUUUAGUAGUUUUGCCUUUGAGUGUAUUUAAAUAAAUAAAUAUAUAUAAAGCCAUGACGGAUGAUACAGAGGAUCCCAGCAAGAGUUUCUUCAUAUUUGGACGCGAUGUUGCUCAGAUUCCAUGCUUUCGUAACAGUUUUCUUUACGGCAUCAGCGGCGGUAUGGGCGUCGGUGUGUUGACAUUUUUAGGCACCUCCCGCGCUCACCUUUCCACACAUGUUGGCUUUGGUAGCUUCUUUUGUGGCACUAUUUUAUAUUGGAUGACCUGCAGGUAUCAAUGGUCGGCGCGACGAUUUGAACAACAACAACUUCGAGAGGCAAUGCGUCGUCAAGCACAAUAUGAAGGGACAAAGGUAGAGCGGGAUUUGGAUCUGAAAUCUGCGUAGCAUUGAUAAAACCUCUAGUUAUUCAUGUUAAGAAGAAAUCUAGCUGUUUAUUUGUAAUGUAAAAUAACCAACAAAUAAGUACAUAUACUCUUAAAAAUGUACUUAAGAUUUUAUCUUGUUUUAUAUACUGUAUUAAGCACAAAUAUAUACUGAUUUAAGUAUAUCCAAAGAUCAAUAUGAACUACAUUGCUUGGAAGUAAUCAUGAAAAUAAAGCAUAUGUAGUUUAAUCAGCACUCAGAGUUAAGUUAAAAUUGACACAUUU